UUUAUUUAUUUUUUACUUUAUUUCAUGUUAUGUCAUUCUCUUGAUUCGUUCAUGCAUGUUUGAGAAAUCCUUGAUUCUCCUGUGGAGCUGCCAAAACACUUGCUGGUACAAAGCACCGCCUAUUUAACUAAAGCUCCUCCCUGGAGCCCAGUCUGCAGCUGAGUUCCCACAGAGCACCCCUCCCCCUGAAACACUGUUGUGAAGGCAUGCUGAAGUGGGAGUGUCUGAAACGGUAGGAGCUUCUUAAGACAGAGGUCGAGGCUGUGAUGCAAAGACAAACGUACAUACUGCAUGUUCAUCCUAACAACUGAAAGUAUAGUUAUUUCAGUGUUCAGCAGGAGCACCAGAACUUCCUCUAUAACUGAAAGUGAGAGACUUCAACAUGUCAUAUCUUCUAAAACACUGUAAACCAAAACUGACAUGACAACAACUUAUGAUCAGGUGAGCCUGUUGAGUCAGUGGCAACAGCCUUUUACCAUUUUUGUCACAUUAAGACGCAAAAUAAUAGUAUACAGUAUACUGAGUUUGAUAGAGGAGCACUGAUGUGUGUUGGAUUAGCUGCAUCAAUACCCUUCAGAUUUUCUUUAUGAAUUUCUUUUUACUUUAUUUAUUUAUUUUUACUACCGUGCACAGCCACGUCACAGCCACGGUGGCACAGAAAAGCUCAAUGAACAGGUGACGCGCGCUGCGGAGACGCAUCCUCCUCUGUCCGGCUGGGAGCUCUCUCUGGCCGCAGUCAGCCUCGCUGAUCGACCCGCUUCACCGCCGGAGGGACCGCGAUGAUGCCGAUGAACGACCCGCCGAGGCAGACCAGACCGGAUCCGCCGCAAUGAGCGCCUCCUUCCCCAAAUCUGAAUCCACCACCUCCUUGCUGAAAUCCUCCGCCGCGGCGAGGAGACCGCCACACCUCCCCGAGCCCGCCGCCGAGGUCCGGAGGGGUCCGCAUCAGCAUCAGCAUCAGCACCACCACCGUCCCGCCGCGCUGCAGACCAGCGGGAAACCUGGCGAGGCUUUCUGGUCGCCUGAGGGCGACGUCAGUGCCCGGAGACCCCUGUGCCACCCCUCCCUCGUCGGGAGUCCGGAGACCAACGCAGCCACCCGGUGCAAGUCCAAGUCCCACCACCCCGCCGCCCCCAGCCAGGUUCCCGCUCCGCCUGAAUGCAACGGAGAGGCCGGCCGAGGAGGUGAGAGCGAGCGCUGCAGGACAUCCCAACCCACGCACCGCCACCACCACCACCACCACCAUCAUCAUCACCACCGCAAGAAGCACCGAGACGACCGUCCUCCCGCAGCGGAACCAGCCGAACCUGAGCAGCACCGGCGGUGUCACAGCCCCAGGGGGCCCUCCCUGUCGGACAGCAACGACGACAGAGCCCCCCUCUGUGUGCGCAGGAACCGUAAAGGGGGAAGUUCGGCCAGCGGUGCUGCUGGGGGUCCGGCCAGCAGUCCGUCCCCGUCCUCCUGCUCCCCUGUGCCCCCAUCCAGCAGGUCGUCCCGCCGGUCGCGGAGGUCCAGCGCCUCUUCCUCUGUGUCCGACAUCAAUUUAAGGACCAUCCUAAACUCACUCUUUGGACAGGACAGAGAGCUCCGGCCCGAAGAAAUGGACGAGCUGCGAGAUGCUUUCAAAGAAUUUGACAAAGACAAAGAUGGUUACAUCAGCUGUAAAGACCUGGGGAACUGCAUGAGGACCAUGGGAUACAUGCCAACAGAAAUGGAGCUGAUAGAACUAAGUCAACAAAUAAAUAUGAACUUAGGAGGUCAUGUUGAUUUCGAUGAUUUUGUGGAGUUAAUGGGCCCAAAACUUCUUGCUGAAACUGCAGACAUGAUUGGAAUAAAGGAGUUAAAAGAUGCAUUUAGGGAGUUUGACACAAAUGGAGAUGGGGCCAUAAGCACGUCUGAGCUUCGAGACGCUAUGAGGAAGCUUUUGGGCCAACAAGUAGGUCUAAAAGAAGUAGAGGAUAUCCUAAGGGAUGUGGACUUGAAUGGUGAUGGUCUUGUUGACUUUGAAGAGUUUGUACGUAUGAUGUCUCGCUAAGAUCAUAAAACCAAUGAUCAGUCUUGAAUGUGAAGCUGUGUCCUUCUUCACYCAAAUCCACGAAUAACCAAGGACAUGCCAAGAUCCCCUGAGCCAUUCAACUCUAAAUGACACUGGAA